AAACCAAAGUUCCAACCAAUAUAUAAACAUAUCAUGAUGGCUUACAAUGCAUCUCAUCUCUCAUCUUAACAAAAACUUCAAAUCAUCUUCUCAAAGGGAAAAAAAUGGCUUCUUCAAAGUUCUUGAUCAUUGCCUUUAUGGCUACUUUGGCUCUCUCAAGCAUCAACUUCGGCCAAGCUGCUCGCCAUCUUUUGCAAACCACUCCGCCCUUGAUGCCAAAUCUUCCAGCAAUUCCAACCGGGAUACCGCCAUUCCCUGCCUUGCCAAACCCUACUCUUCCAAAUUUACCACAACCUACAAUACCGAAGGUUAAUCUCCCUCCGCUUCCGAACGGGCUAGCGUUGCCACCGCUCCCGACAAUGGCACUUCCGAACUUUCCAUCAAUCCCUACCAUUCCAACUUCAUUCCCUUCCAUCCCAUUUUUGUCCCCUCCUCCUGCAACAUCUUCUUCUCCCUAAACUUGGUUUGGUUAUUAUUUAAUAUAUGCAGCCCUAAUUGUUGUUGGUUAAUUAGUUUAAGGGUAGAGUUGUGAAGUUUUAUUGAUAACUCGUAAAUGUGUGUUUUAAUUUCAAUAUUCAUAUCUUCUGUUAGAUUGAAGUUCAGACCUCCAUGGGUAUCAUAUAGCGUUCCAUUUGAUGAACCUGCUAGCUUGUACUACACGAAUACGAUAAACUGUUUUUAAUUUUUAUUUUUAGUAAA